UGAUCCUUUUCCUCUUCCUUCCACCAAGAAUGGCACUGGUCUUAGAUUUCUUUGUCUCAAAAUUCUUGACGGCCACAGCGAACAUGGUGGAGACAGAGAUCUUCAAGGUGCUAGGCAUCAAUAAAGAGAUUAAAUCCCUUCAAAAAAGGUUGGGGACAAUCAAUGACAAUCUCCAACAAGUAGAGCAAAAGAGGCGUAUAAAUCAUGAAAUUGACAUCUGGGCGCGAAAGUUGAAAGAUAUUAUGUAUGAUGCCGAUGAUAUUAUUGAUAUUUGUAUGAUUGAAGGAGGAAAGUUAUUGAAAGCUCGAGCUUUAUCAGGAGAUGAAGACGAGAUAUCAAGCUUUGAAGAAAUAGGAAUUAAACUUGUCAACAAAUGUGAUGGUUUGCCUCUUGCGAUUAAAGCUAUUGCAGGGGUUCUGUACCAUCAAAACAAAGCAAAAUGGGAGGAAGUUCUUGAAAGUGAUGCAUGGAAUAUGGAUCAGAUUGAGGAAGAAUUAAGACCUUUAUAUUUGAGUUACGAAGACUUACCAUCUAGAUUCAAACAAUGUUUUCUCUAUUGCUCCUUGUACCCUCAAAAAGAUAUGUUUUCUAUGGAGAUUGUUCAGUUUUGGGCUGCUGAAGGUCUUAUUAUGAGUGAAGAAGAUAACUGGAGGAGGGAUCUUCCAACUCAAAACCAGAGAACAUUGGAAGAUCUAGGGGAGGAGAUUUACAGGGAGUUACUUGGUAGGAAUCUCUUAGAAGCUAAAAAGGAUGAAUUGUCCAAGAGUUUCUUCUCUAUGCACGAUCACUUCAGAUCACUUUGUGCAAAUUUAAUGAGAGAGGAAGGGAUUUUAUAUCGACAUGGUAGAGAAUUCAAAGCAGAUGAUAAUGUGAAAGUUCGACGGCUGUCAAUCUCUUGUAUGGGGCCUAUGCUAGUGUUACCGGCUCAAAUUCUAAGACAAGCUUGUUUGAGAACUCUAAUUCUCACGGACUCCCCUCAAACCAAGACAAUCGAAGACAGUGUUGUGCAAGCAUUACUGUGUUUGCGAGUUUUGGAUCUCUCAGAAACAUCAAUUGAAAAGAUUCCAGAUUGCAUUGGAGAAUUGUUGCAUUUAAGAUAUCUAGAUCUCGAUGGAACAAAUAUUCGUGAGAUUCCGACAACUAUCGGGAACCUUGUAAACCUUCAGAGUCUGAAUAUCAUAAGGUGUAAGUUCUUGGAAAGACUUCCUGUGUCCAUCACUAAGUUGCAUAAUCUAAGAUGGCUUAACAUGAUUGGCUGUCCACUGCUCACUUAUGUGCCCAAGGGAAUUGGGAAACUGGAAAAUAUCUAUAGCCUUUACGGAUUUAUGAUUGGACAGAAUGACUCAACCUCUGAAGAAGGUUGUGAUUUAGAAGAGCUGAAAAAUCUCUCCAAGUUGAGAGUCCUAAUCAUUCUGAGGCUUGAGAGGGCAGAAAAAGGAGCCUCUGCACUUGCAAACAAGCCAUUUCUUAAGGACCUUACGUUGUCAUGGAUGCGACCAGAUGAGGAGGAAGAUGACAAUGGUGGAGGGCACGAUGCUCAAGCCAAUGAAGAAGAAGAUGGUGAUGGCAAGGAUGAUGGCUCUGGACAACGAACUGAAACUAAAGAGGAAGAAGAAGACGAAAAUGAGGAGGUGGAGGAUGAGGGUGAGGAAGAAGAAGACGAAAAUGAGGAGGUGGAUGGUGAGGAAGAAGAAAAAGGAUGGAAUGAGGAGCAAAUCAGUAAAGCCGAGAGGAUAUGCAAUGAAAUGUCUCAGCCUUCAUCAACCUUGGUCCACCUUCACUUCUAUGACUACCCUGGCCGACAGUUCCCGAGUUGGAUGACAUCCUCUUCCUUGGCCGAAUCUUUUCCAAACUUGACAUAUUUGAUGCUUCUUGGUUUGCCGUGUUGUGUGGAGCUUCUUCCCUUGGGCACACUGCCUCAGCUCAAGUACCUCCGUAUUGAAAGUGCAAACGCCAUAACGACCAUUGGGUCUCAAUUUCUCGGAUCGAGAAGCUCUGCAUUUCCCAAACUUGAAGCGCUCCGAUUCGAAGACAUGCCCAGAUGGGAGGAGUGGACAUUCAAUGGAGCACCUCUUUCAGUGAAGUUGUUUCCAAGUCUCAUGGAAUGUGCUAUUAUCGACUGCCCAAUGCUAAGAGCUCUUCCUGACGGACUCCACCGAGCCACCAACCUCAACCAACUGGGCCUGCUUCGAACAUAUGAGCUAGGUGAGAUUAACAACAUCACCUUGGCUUACAGGCUUGAGGUCGCAAAAUGCAGAGGGUUGAAGAAGAUAUCCAACAUCUCGUCAUUAAGAUCUCUCGUGGUAAUCGAAUGUGGCAAUUUGGAGUGCGUGGAGAAUCUCGACAAGCUGCAGCAUUUGGUGUUGAUAUGUUCAGAGGAAAUGGAGCAGCUCCCGCAGUGGUUCAUGGACUUGAUCGAGCAGCAUAACAACAUGGCCAGCAGUCACAGGAGUUUGAAGAAGUUUGAGAUGGCCUGCAAUCUUCAACUGUUAAUGAGCUGUCUCGAAGGCAAUGAGAAUUGGGACAUUCUCAAGCAUAUUCCUGUUGUCGAAAUACAGACAUACUCCAGCAAAGAGUACAUCCGAUACACCAAGGAUCCCUACAACUAUGAUACAAACAUUCCUUCUAAUUGAGAUAGUGUCAAAAAAAGCUAUGCUUUCUUCAAUUGUAUUGAUGAAGGUGUGAUUUGUAUGGUGCUGUUUGCGUUUGCUUCUUUCUACAUUUGGUUUGAUUACUUUACAUUUGGUGAAUGUGUUAUUUGUAUGUAUUUAUGUUUGCAUUUUCUUCAAUUGUACUGGUGAAAGUGUGAUUUGUAUGGUGUUG